AUGGGGCUUUUCCAAAGUUACGACCCGCAACCGCAGCUCAGCGUGACCCUGGGGGUGCUCAGUGUGACCCUGGGGGUGCUCAGUGUCCCCUCCUGCAAAAUGAGCUGCUCCGAGAGACGCUUGGCCAAACGUGGCCUCCCUUCUGCCCCGGGGGAUCCAGGCCCCUCCGCACAGCCCAUUUGGAGGCACUGGACCGCAGAGCAGGAGCUGCUCGGCACAGCAGGAGAGACAGCCAACCUGGAGGGCAGCCCGGGCAUCCCGCCGGGCAGGGCUCCGCUCAUCUGCUGCACGGAAGAGCUUGAUCAGGACACCUUUAAAAUUUGUAAGGAGUUCUUGAGACCCUACAAAAAAUCCCUUCGGAAACUGUACUUGCCGCAGCAUGUGGCCAGAGAGAAGAAGCUCAGGUACACGCGGGAGAGCCUGACCCUGCUCGGGGACCACAUCAGCAUGUUCCUGGAGCAGCACUGCAAGCCUGCCGAAGUCAGCCACUGGAAGCAGAUGCUGUGGACGUACGUCUCCCUCUUCUCAGAGAUGGACGCGCGGCAACUGCACAGGCUGUACCGAUACACCAAGAACAACCAAAUGGAUAAGUUUCUGAAACACCAAACCAUGGCUGCUGGCAAUGCCAACAUGAUCUUUUUCCCUGCGGGAUCCAUAGCGGGACUCGGAUAA